AUGAUGUCCAAGUCUCGAGUUUUCUCACAACGUCUCGAACCCAUCGCAACAACAUGUCGGACACAGAAAUGUGCGAGGCGGAUACAAUGCAAACAGAAGAGGAAGACGGUGUCUAUAUGACAGAAGAAGAAAUCGUGGCAGAAGCAGAAAAGAAGAAAGCUGAGGGAAAUACCUUCUACAAACAACAGAAAUAUACAGAAGCGCUGUCCCACUACACAGAAGCAAUCAAUCUGUGUCCUUCAUGUUCUGCCUACUAUGGGAACCGUGCUGCAACCUACAUCAUGCUGAACAAGUACAAGGAGGCGCUGGAAGACUCCAGGAAGGCUAUACAAAUUGAACCCAAUUUUGUCAAGGCACAUCUGCGUGAGGCCAAGUGCCACCUGGCUAUGGGUGAAGCUUCCGCCGCUGUACGCAGCUAUCAAGAGGUGCUGCAGAGAGAGGAAGGAAACACAGUCGCUAAAAAUGAGUUGCAGUCAGCACAGGGAGUGCAGGAGUAUGAGGACAGAGCAGACAAAAGCUUUGAGAAAGGAGAUUUUAGAACGGCUGUCUUCUGUAUGGACAGAUGUAUAGAUACAUGUCCUGCAUGCUACAAGUUUAAGAUCAGAAAGGCUGAAGCCCUGGCGUUGUUAGGUCGCUACCAGGAGUCACAAGAACUUGCCAAUGACAUCCUACAGCGAGAGGGUAUGAACGCAGAUGCCCUGUAUGUGAGGGGGAUGUGUCUCUACUACCAGGACAACAUAGAGAAGGCCUUCCAGCACUUUCAACAUGUACUUAGACUAGCACCCGAUCACCAGAAGGCCAAAGAUAUUUAUAAGAAAGCCAAGUCCCUGAUAGCCAAGAAGGAAGAGGGGAACACCGCGUUCCGAUCUGGGAAGUAUGAUGAAGCAUAUAACCUGUACUCAGAGGCCCUAGCUAUAGACAGCAAUAACAAGUUCACCAACUCCAAGCUGUACUUCAACAGAGCUACUGUGUGCUCCAAGCUGCAUAAACUCGACCAGUCUAUAGAAAACUGUUCCAAAGCAGUAGAGUUAGAUGACUCAUAUUUAAAGGCUUACCUUCGCCGAGCCAAAUGCUACAUGGAGACAGAGCAGUACCAGGAAGCUGUGUGUGAUUAUGAGAAGAUUUUCAAAAUGGAUAAGACAAAAGAAAACAAACGACUUCUGCAGGAGGCCAAGCUUGAACUGAAGAAAAGCAAAAGAAAGGAUUACUACAAGAUCCUUGGUAUCAACAAGAGUGCUACUGAGGAUGAAAUCAAAAAGGCCUAUCGCAAGAGAGCACUUAUACACCAUCCAGACCGACACUCGCAUGACACCACUGAGAAACAAAAGGAAGAGGAGAAGAAGUUUAAGGAGUUGGGUGAAGCGUACGGUGUCCUAUCAGACGCCAAGAAGAAGAUGCGCUAUGACAGUGGACAGGACUUGGAGGAGAUGGAUGGCGGAGGGUUUGGUGAUAUUGACCCCAAUCAAAUCUUCCAGACAUUUUUUGGUGGAGGUGGUGGCGCUGGUUUCCAACAGUUCCACUUCGGCGGUGGAGGUCAUCCUGGAUACACCUUCCAGUUUGGUUGACCUUAACCUCAUCAUAGUCAUCUUUUAUUAACGAAGCUAAAAUCAACAACACAGUGACAUGAAUGUUCUGCUGAUAGCAACUUAAGCAUAACAGACAUUGCCAUGUGUUGCUGCAGCCUGACGGAACCAUGUCAUCAGCAUCUUUUUAAUAAUCCCACAAGUCCCUAAUCUCUUCACCUCUCCAGGAUCAGUGUCGGUGUGUGACUAUUGAGUGUGUGGACGUUCAACAAUACAUUGUACAGAUGAAUGAAAGAUUAUCAAAGGAACAUCUAAUUCGAGGCUUAGAAAAGGAAAUAUCUGUACCCUGACUCUUGUUCCUUCAGUGUUCGCGACUUGUGUGUUUUAAGAGGACCUCAUCUGGGUAGAUAUAUAGUUAUUUGUGCAGCAAAUGUUGCUGUGGAAGAUGUGUGUCAAUUAUAGAGGCCUCUAUACCAUCUGGGUGUGGACUAUCUGCAGAUGGACCUUCAACAGGCUAAAGAUACACACGACAAGAAAGCAGGAUAUUUGCAGCUCCCAAGUUAUGUACCAGACAGUUGAGAUGUAGGAAUCCAGUACUGUUCCCAGAGGUAGUUGUAACAGACAGAACUGCGACAGCUCAGGAUUCAGCCCAGCCACGUAUACAAGCAUUCAAUGUAGUUACUCAUAGGUCACUUUAGUCACAUUGAUACAUGUCUAUUCACAAUGUUAAUGUUUGUUGCAAGUUGGACACAAGUGUGUAUUGUAAAUUAGAUAUUCAACAAUUUGUUCUUACUUCAGCUGGGAAAACAAAGCAAGGUGCCAUUGUUCUAUCUAUGCGAAUUGACAUUUGUCAAAUAUAUUUUCAUAAAGGUAGUAGGGUAUCUGUUAAUGUAAAAGACAAGACUAUCAUUGUUUUCCCUGUGGGUAGCUGAGAGAACAUGAUAGGCAUGUGCCAUGAUUGCAAACUUUAGAAACUCGCUCAUAAGUUUGAUUUAGGAAACAAAACAUAAUAUGGCAACAUCAUUUCAAUGUUGAAGCAUUUCUUGUAUAUCAUUGGUGUUGUAGAGUUUUGUAUAUAUCUGUAGAGGGAGACGACAUCAUGUGAAUCAUGCAAGAGCUUCAAACAGGAUUGUACCUCCAUCAUAUUGUAUUCAGUACAAAACAGCUGUAAUGUUAAUGUAAUGAUUUUUACACAUUUUCUGUAACGGCAUGAAAUAACACUUGCAGUCGCUGGAGGUUUAGUGCUGCCAAUUUCACCUUUCGUUGCCGUGUUCUGGCGAGCUAAGAACUGGGGCUAACAUGUUAUAGUCACUGCAUGUUCUGUGGUAAGCCCUGGUGAGCUUUCAGAUAGCACAGGAACAAAACACAGUGGUCCAGAGCGUUCUCACAGAGUUAAACAAGGUGUACCAUGUUGAGGUUUUAGUAUAUGGUAACACUAAGCUUGGGGUAGACAUGAAUUAGUUUGUCUUCACCAGUACACAUGCAUGUGAAGAACAUGGAUCAUGGGUUAUCUUUUCUUAUUGUAGUGCCAAAUGAAAGCAGUUAUUUCAUUCAGUUAGUGAGAGACUAAUGAUGUUGUUUCAAAUUUAUUUGGUCCAAACUUCACUCUUCUCGUGGUAGUUUGAGGUUUUGUUUUUAUGUAAACACUUCUUUAAAUGGCUAAACCAGUCUCCACUUAAAGGGGGCAGAAGAUUUCUGUACCUGCCUAUACCUGGCUCACACUGGUCACCACGAAACCAGAAAUUUCAUGAAUUUUAAUUCAUUAAAGCUGUGUUGAACAAACGCAUACCUAAAAACUGUACAUUCUGAAUAUUUUUAUAACGAUUCUGCAACUGGUAGGACCAAAUUGGUAAAUAUUAAGAUGAUGAAGGCUGCUUUAUGAAGGAAAGCAGCUGAUGUCAGGUUCUAAUAGAUUUUCUUGUUCUGUGUAUCAUGUCCAAACUAGAGGUUCAGACAAUCAUUGAUAAAACAAAAACAUUCAUAGACUUUUAUUUUAAAAGGUCUGGUUUAAUGACAUGGUGUUUUAUGGUGAGUUCUGUCAUGGUUAUAAUGUGUAUGUUUUUUAUGUGUUUAUUUGACAAAGAUAUGUUGAUACAUUUCCCAUCUCUUUUCAAGCAUUUUUUGUUGAUGGUUGUAAGCAAACUGGGAAAGCCAUAUCAAAGAUGUUCAGUAAUUUCUGCAGACAGAUAGGAAGAUAGGUUUUAAGCAGCUAAAAGAAUAAUUAGGGAGGGUGUAUAUUUUUAAUAUUUAUUGAAAUAAAUAAAAGGUCAUCUGUCA